AUGUCCUCUCUAAAAUUAAAACGAACCUUAAAGAUAAUCUUGCUGCCGAAAUAUGUGAUAAUUUUUAUAGCAUCAAUGUUUAUGUGCACGAUCUAUAUAUUUUCAAUAACAACCUCGUAUAAUGCAGCAGAAAUUCCAAAUUUUCUUUCAGUACCAGAUCAUAAACAAAUUUAUUCACCCUUCCUUUGUAAAAAAGAACCGUGGGUAGAAAAUUAUUCACCCUUCCUUUGUAAAAAAGAACCGUGGGUAGAAAAAUGGAUUAGUACAGGUACCUUUGGAUCAAGUGAUUCAAAAAAUGAAUCAAAAAAUGAAUCAAAAAAACAAGGAUUUUGUGAUAAGGCACAAUUUGACAUUGUAUAUACAUGGGUGAAUGGUAGUGAGGAUAAUUAUAAAGUGAUGCAAGAAACCUAUGUAAAGAAAUUAAAUUUAAGAAUUCCAGAACAUUAUUAUCGUGAUUAUGAUGAAUUACGUUAUUCUAUAAGAUCUGUUGAAACAUUUUUUAAGGAUUAUAUAAAUAAGAUUUAUAUUCUCGUCACGGAUCUUGAAAAUGGAACAAAGCAGAUUCCCAGUUGGUUAAAUACAACUUGGAUAAACCCUAGAACCGAAGAGCCAAGAGUUGAAAUCGUUAAACAUACUGAUGUAUUUACCGACAAUACUGUAUUGCCAACUUUUAAUUCUUUGGCAAUUGAAAGUCAAAUGAUGAAUAUUCCAAAUCUUUCAGAUCAAUUAGAACAGGUCAUAUAUUUUAAUGAUGAUUUAUUUUUAGGAAGAUAUUUAACUCCAAGCGAUUUUUGGUCUCCAUUAUAUGGCCAUGUAUUUCACAUAGAAUCACAACUGGUUGUUCCACCCGACCACGAUUGGUUGCCAAUUCAACCUGGUGAAUGGUAUGCUCUGCGUCAUACUAAUAAACUACUGACGUAUGUUUCUCACUCAACUCACAUCUUUUCAACGUCAAUUUUAAAAGAAAUCGCCGCUGAAUGGUCAACAGAAUUUCAUGAAACAUCAUCUCAUCGAUUUCGUGGAGAACAACGUGAUAUUCACACAAAUUUUUUAUAUACACAUUAUGUUAUAGAAAAACAUCGGGAAACUUUAUUAAAAAGUUUUUUAAUAUGGAAAAUGGAUAAGAAUCAUAAUGGUCAUUGGGAAUUAACAGAACGCCAAGAAAUCUUAAAAAUUCUUGGAACCGAUGAAGUUCAUAGAAUUGAACGUAAAUCAUUAAGUAAUUAUUCAAAAACUCUUAUUGAUGCAGAUCUUUUUCAUCCAUAUGAAACAACUUAUUCUUGGACAAGUAUGGAUGGAUAUCCUAUUUGGAAUUCUCGACCAAAUUUAUAUGAUACAAAAUGUAUAAUAGAUUUUGAUAAUUGUUUUGGAAAAGACUUUAUGAAUAAUAAUACCGAUAGUAUUCCUAUAAAUAAGAUUUUUCGUACGCUAGCUUUUGAUAAAUAUCGAUGUGGCGAUUGUAUAAUUACAAGAGUUCUAUCUUUAUCAGGCGAAUUGGGUUUAGAAGCAUUCUUACCAGAAUCUCCUCCGAUAGUAGAGGAAAACAAUAAACUAAAAGAUAAUAAUCUCACGAACGAUAAUCUCACGAAUGAUAAUAUCACGAACAAUAAUCUCACGAAUAAUAAUCUCACGAAUAAUAAUCUCACGAAUAAUAAUCUCACAAAUAAUAAUAGUAGUUUUCAGGAAGAGGCAAAUUUUAAUUACCGUGAACACGCUGUAGAACAAAUAUCUCGUUUCAAUUAUGUAAUAGGCGAUAUCUCAUUUGAAUUCGUAAUGCUUAAGCAACCAUAUCAAAGCUGGCUUUCAUUAAAUAAUAUUAUGAAUAAGAACCCCUCAAUAUUUUGUUUAAAUGAUGAUGUUGAAGGAAAUAAUCCUAUUAUUAAAAAAUAUGUAAAAAAAUUUUUGAGAUUAUAUUUUCGUCAAGAUAAUGAAUAUGAAAUUGAUGGUUGGGAAAGGAAAAAAAAUUUAUGGCGGAAAUUUAGAGAAUCUGUGUUUGGUCAAGAUACGAGGUUUUAA